UCUCAGGCUGCCAUCUGCAGGCAUGUUUGUAGUGUGGGAAGAGACUUCUAAAGCGGGAUUUGCCCACCGCCAUUACUUCGUUUUAUAUAACACGUCGACUAUAGUCACGGAGCGCACGCUCCUCAAACAAAGGUUCCCAGACCAGACCUCCUACCUCGUCCACGAUGUCAACACCACUGCUCACAUUCAGUGAGCCCUCGGUAGAAAUCCUUCUACGUUCAUUCAUGACAAUCAUACUCUCCGAAAUCGGGGACAAAACUUUCUUCAUCGCCGCCAUCCUCUCCAUGCGCCAUCCUCGCUUUGUCGUCUUCCUGGGCGCUUUCGCUUCCCUUUUUCUCAUGUCUAUGCUGUCAGCGUCGCUGGGUCACAUACUACCUACGCUAUUACCCAAGAAAUGGACUCAGAUUAUGGCUGGGGUGCUGUUUUUGGUGUUCGGGAGUAAGAUGGUGAUGGAAGGGAGGGAGAUGGAAGGGAAGGGGAACGAAAAAGCUCAGGAGGAGAUGAGGGAGGCGGAAGAGGAAAUCGAAGGGGAUGAAUUUGAGGCGGGGGAUGGGAUUCCGCUCGAACGGAUUGAGGAGGGGGAAGCAGUGCCUUCAUCCCCCAGUGCAAGAAAACAGAAAAGUUUUGGUUGGGGUAUCGCGGAAGGCGUGAGGAAUUUUUGCAGUCUUAUCCUUGGUCCUGUCUUUGUGCAGGCCUUUGUGCUUACUUUCCUCGGGGAAUGGGGUGAUAGGAGUCAGAUUGCCACGAUUGCUUUGGGUGCUGCCCAUAAUGUAUAUCUCGUAACACUAGGAACGGUCGUUGGGCAUACGUGUUGUACAGCGCUGGCUGUCGUGGGUGGGCGGUAUGUGUCGAGUAAAAUAUCGGUUAAGCAUGUGACCCUAGGAGGCGCAGCCCUCUUUCUCAUAUUCGGCGUCAUCUAUCUUUACGACGCGCUUGCUACUUCUGCAGAAGAAUUCUCGAUACCCAUUAGCCCUGCGGGGGAGUCGUGAGCCAAUACAUAUAUCUGGGCUCCAUAAUGAUAG